GUCACGUAAAUUUGUGCUGGAAAUCAGUUUUCCACUCUGAAGUGAACUUUGUGGUCGCAAAUUCACGUACACGAGCACCGGUCACAGGUCUUUUCUGAAACUGAUACCCAAUCCUUCCUACAAGUAAACCCUUCAACAUGCUAUAUGGGUUGUUGGGAACUAGGCGUAUAUAUAAAGCACAUUUGAGUUUGAGAUCAUGCGUUGACUAGCUAGCUAGCUACGAGUACGAUACUUAAGUAAACGCGGACUGGACUUUGGAUGGGAACAGAUUGUUUUUUUGGUGAGAUUGUCUCCUGAGAUCUUAUCAAAACGAAUAAUGAGUCUCGCGUCACACCAUUUAUGGGCGUUUUUAAGGAGCGGUUUUCUUACAAAACUUGCACCAGGUGGUCAGUACCAAAGCUUGGCAGUUAGAAUGGCGAGUGCGGCUGCUUGCAAAAGACUUGUCGGAAAAGUUGCCAUUGUCACGGCCUCCACGGACGGAAUAGGCUUUGCAAUUGCCAAGAGGCUUGGCAGCGAAGGAGCCCACGUGGUGAUUAGUAGCCGUAAGCAAGACAAUGUGGACAGAGCCAUCAAGGAGUUGAAGGAUGAGAACCUCAGUGUCACUGGUAUGGUGUGUCACGUUGGAAAGGCUGAACAUCGUGCAAAGCUUAUCAAUGAGACUGUAGCUAAGCAUGGAGGAAUAGAUAUCCUGGUGUCGAAUGCGGCUGUGAACCCAGCCUUUGGACCUAUGCUUAACACCACAGAAGAACAAUGGGAUAAGAUUUUUGAUGUCAAUGUAAAAUCAACAUUCCUGCUCAUUAAAGAGUGUGUGCCACACAUGGUGGACAGAAAAGGUUCAUCUAUCGUGAUUGUGUCAUCAGUGGGCGGAUACAACCCUUUCUCCUUGCUCGGGUGCUAUUCGAUCUCCAAGACCACUCUACUCGGUAUGACCAGGGCUCUUGCGAGUGAGUGUGGCCCCAUGGGAAUCCGAGUCAACUGCAUCGCUCCAGGAAUCAUCAAGACGAGGUUCAGUGAAGCUUUGUGGAGCGACAAGUCAGUCCUGGAUUUAUCCUUAUUGACGGCAACCAUCAAACGGCCCGGGGAGUCAGACGAGUGUGCAGGUGCCGUGGCUUUCCUGUGCUCAGACGAUGCUUCUUACAUCACGGGCGAAAACAUCUUGAUUACCGGGGGCAUGCACGCACGACUCUAGUCAGGCUUCCGACAACCCACCUACGGGCUUUACCAUAAUACUGCAAGUGGGUUAUGACCUGUCUGUAAUUUUUUCCGACAUCCUUGUUCAGCAGUCAACCAAGACUUGCAUGCACUAACAGGAUUUCAAUGGCUACCACUGCGAAGACCACCUAGGUUUGUGCCAUUAAGCCACACACUGUCCAAGGGAAUUAAGCUUUUUUCCCCUGCAUGAUUAAAAGGAGUGAAGUGGUCACGCUCCGUGAACUUAUCGUUUAUCAUUGAUCAAUAAUUUUCAUAAAUAUUUAUGGAAAAAAUGUCACCUCUUCCACUCAUCAAUGUUCCAAAGAGUCUGGAAACUAAGUUAGCUUGUUGUAAGG